GGCACGGGGCAGGGUCGCACGCGGCGAGAGGCAGAACGGCUCCCGGCACAGCUAGCCUCGGCCCUGCUCCGAGCCUGGCUGCUGGCUCCUCUGUGUGGAGCUGGUUCUCCGGAGUGAGGCGGGACAGACCCCCACGUUGCCACCCACCUCUCCGGUUUCGUGUGGGAAGAAGAGGCCUUGCCUCCCAGGAAGACGGCGCGCGCACGACUCUGGACUCUCGCGGGUGCCCCGGCUUCCUCCCGGGGAUGGGCCGAGAGGCCGGCUGCAGCUCAGGCCUGGCCCUGCUCCAGGUGCAGGAGGGAGGGUAAGGAGGGCCCGAGGUGAGCUCACUGCACCUGUCACACGGGCCUUCCCCAUGCUGCGAAGAAUGAGCGCUGAUGUCCUCUAGCAGCCCCUAGCUGGUCUCGGCUCUCCCUGGCCACAGCAGCUGAGCAGGCCUGGGACUUUCUCCACGACCGGCGGACAGCACUGGCAGUCGGCGAUGACUGUCCAGAAACUGGUGGCCACGGCAGUGCUAGUGGCCCUGGUCUCCCUUGUCCUCAACAACGUGGCGGCCUUCACCCCCAACUGGGUGUACCAGACGCUGGAGGACGGGCGCAAGCGGAGCGUGGGGCUGUGGAAGUCCUGCUGGCUGGCGGACAGGGCCCGGGGAGGACCGAGCGCUGGGCUGCGGCCGGGGCAGACGGACGCACGGGACUGUGAAGCUGUGGGCUGGGGCUCUGAGGCGGCAGGCUUCCAGGAGGCCCGAGGCACCGUCAAACUGCAGUUCGACAUGAUGCGCGCCUGCAACCUGGUGGCCACGGCCGCGCUCGCUGCGGGACAGCUCACCUUCGCCUUGGGGCUGACGGGCCUGUCCCUGAUGUCGCCUGAGUCACAGUGCUGGGAGGAGGCCAUGGCUGCCGCGUUCCAGCUGGCGAGUUUUGUCCUGGUCAUUGGGCUGGUGACAUUCUACAGAAUCGGCCCAUACACCAACCUGUCCUGGUCUUGCUAUCUGAACAUCGGCGCCUGCCUUCUGGCCACCCUGGCAGCUGCCAUGCUCAUCUGGAACAUUCUUCACAGGAGAGAGGACUGCAUCGGGCCCCGGGUGAUCGUCAUCAGCCGCUCCCUGACCGCGCGGUUCCGCCGUGGGCUGGACAACGAGUAUGUGGAGUCGCCGUGCUGAGCCUGCUCGGGACUCUGUCGCUGUGACUAGACGGGGCGGGAGCCCAAGGGCUGUCUGUGCGGGUGAUGCGCGGGGUCUGCUAUAUACACAUGUACGAUACCCGGCUACGUUUACUACGUCACAUAUACGUAUAUCGUGCGGUCAUACACCGCCUGCGCCCCCUCCUCUGACGCACCCACGACUCGGCUUCACUUCUGCGCACGCUCCCAGGAGGAGACCGCGGCCAACGUGCACAGACGGUGGCGGCCAGCUCGCCCGGCACCUCGGCCUAGGAUUAAUUUAUUCUGUGUCUGCUGAGGAGCGGGUCCUCGGUCGUAGUUACUUUGGGAAAGCAGGAUACCCGGGAAGAUUUUCUGGAACGGUCUGUGGUCUUCCUCGAGUGCCUCAAUUUACAACCAGACGGUUACGGGCUUUCUGACAGGACUGUGUUCCUCAUGCCUGUUUUGCUCCUGAUUAAUUUUUUAAGUUAAAAUAAAAUGCAAACUUCUCA